GGCGGGGCUUAAGGCGCCUCUUCCGCGUUGGCACUUUCGCAGGUGCUGGAGCUCCACGUCAGUGUCACCCACUAAGUUGUUUGGAGCGAGGGCAGCCGGACAUCUGUGAAGACAGCAGAUUCGAGUCCGGCAACAUGUUAGCGGCUGAUGCUGAUGAGGCCUACGAUUUUCUUUUCAAGAUAGUUUUAAUCGGUGACGCCGGCGUGGGCAAAACGUGCGUAGUACAGCGCUUCAAAUCGGGGAUCUUCGUGGAGAGGCAAGGAAACACCAUUGGAGUUGACUUCACCAUGAAAACCGUGGACAUUCAGGGAAAGAGAGUUAAGUUGCAAAUCUGGGAUACUGCUGGACAGGAGCGGUUUCGCACCAUUACUCAGAGUUACUACCGUAGCGCUAAUGGGGCAAUCAUUGCAUAUGACAUAAGUAAAAGCAGUUCCUUCCACUCUGUGCCACGAUGGAUUGAGGAUGUCCAGAGAUAUGCUGGCUCCAACAUUGUACAGCUUUUAAUUGGUAACAAAUCAGAUUUAAAUCAUUUGCGAGAAGUUCCCUUUGAUGAAGCUGAAGCUUUGGCAAGGCAAUACGAGGCCAUUGAUGCCAUUGAGACGUCAGCCAAGGAUGCAAGCAAUGUGGAGACGGCGUUUACCAAAAUGGCCACAGAACUCAUGGUGCGGCAUGGUGGUCCAGUGUUCACGGAUGCUGGGGUAGAUACCAUUAAAUUAAACAGCAAGGAUGUUGGGGACAGUUGGAGCUGUGGAUGCUGACCUGAACCAGUAGCUGCUAUGGAGUCUGGAUAGCAUUUGCAAAGCAAUGGACGUUUUAACAUUUCAGUUAGCCAAAGGCUAUUGGCAUUAUACUGCACAAGUGUCCAGUGUAGAAGUAAUCAAUGUGAAGCCAAAAUAGACUCUUUCAAUAGUUUUUUUCCCCUAAUGUCUGUCCCCAUAAGUCAAAAUUUGACACCUGUGAGGUCUUCUGAUAAAGUUCUUCACUUUUCUGGAGGCUCAAUGCCAUAGCUCCAUUUUUUCCUAAAUACAGUAGAACAUCAGUAGGAGAUGUUGCUUUUUUAUUUCCUCUUGUACCUAAUGGAAGCUAUGCAAGAUGUAAGAGAUGUUGAUAAUUUUUAUUUGCUCUUUGAAUUCACUGAUUCAUGACUGUUAUUUGGUUGAGCUGUAAAUAUAAGAACAGCCAUGUAAGCUCAAAGUUACUUUGCACAUUUGGCGUGGCUGACUAGCCUAAAAGUGCAGGUGACCCUUGUAUGCUGCUGUUAAAUGGAGACUGAAUCUGGGAUUUUGGCAUUUGUUUCGUUACAUUUGACCAUAAGAAUACGGUAGUAUUCCCAUGCUCCAUAUGAGGCAGCUGCAGUUUCUUUAGCAAUACGGCAAUACACUUCCUAAAUGAACUGGGAUUAAAUAAUAUAUGAAAUAUGAAGCAGGGCUUCAUCUUCUAAAUUUGGUAAUUCUGUGACAGAGAUUUUGAUAAAAAUAAUGAUCAGUUUUUUUGUGUACCGGUAAGGCUUUAUGGCUUAAGUUUUUACAUUCCUGCAAACAUGGAAUCAUAUGUAACAAUGGCUUCUCUUGUGAUGAACUGAGGAGUAGUCCUCAAAUUUAAGACAGUUAGGACAAUACUGCAGUGAUCCCAUUUUGUUUUUAAAAUAUUUUAUUCAGGUGCAGAGUUAUUUAAAAUAUAUCAUUAGGAACCUGAAAAUGCUGUAAACAGUCCUAGAAUUCUGGAACUAUUGAGGAAGAUGUACAGUAAAAGUGUAAAAUGUUGCUAUAUUUGGCUCCUCAGAGGAAUAUGACUGUUUCCUAAAUAGAAAGACAAGGCUGGCUGUGACCAGAAAUGCUUGACUGGGACCAAGGUCUAAUUAUUAUUAUUUUUAAUUUUUUUGCACAGCCUCUAUUUAUAUUUCUAUAACAAGAUUAGUGACUUGAUUUUAGUGCUCUUUGUAUUUUUAUAGAUCUCAUUAAAAUGGUACUUUUUGAAGACUCUUUUAAAUUUUUAUUGAAAUAAAUAAAGAACAUUUUCAAACA